UAGCGAAGCAAAUGAAGCAAUCUCGACGCCGACAGCCUGACAACUUUUCCUCAGGUUUUGGCCGCGGCCGCGCACAGCUGUACUCAGGUUCAGUGCGAAGCCAAAUGCGGGACGGGGAGGGUGUGCUGCCCUACUCCAAGCCAGGCCAUACGUCACCAGAACAUCACCGCCAGCAGCUGACGUCCCCGUGCUCCGCUACCGCACUCACCCACUCGUCUUGUAACUGGAAACACUCGCAGGAGUUUACCAGAACCCCGCGACUUGGUGGGCGUUGCCGUGUUGUUUUGUGGUGAAGUGAAAGUGCCGCGACUUUUGAGGCCGCCUCGUGGCUCCCGCAACACGUGGUGACAAGGUUGAAUGGAGUAACAUUAAAAAUUUACUCCCCGGGAAGUGGUGCACCCAAUCCACGGCGGAGGAGUGAGAGAAACUGGUGAAUACUGUACUGUGUGGCUGUGAAUCUACUUACGAGUAUUUGACUGUGAUUGCAAACUUAACUUAAGCUUGUGAAGGGGCUCGUGAUAACCCUCGCCCCUCUCCAAAGAACCUGAAUAAUAAUAGUGUGCAUAUUGCUACUCAAACUACACGCAUAGACUAUACAAUCUAAAACCUUUAAGGUAUUCAAUAAAUCUACCUUAGAAUAUUAGUUAAAGCUCAACAUUCAUAGAAAAUCUUAUAGAAAUCGCCUCAAGAAGAAGAAGAAGAAAAAAGCGAAUACAAACAUCGCUAUAUAAAAUCAGUGAACAAGAUUUAAGUGCAGACGAUAUUGAAUCUUUGAAGUGUGAAUGGUGAGGGCGGAGAGCGGCUUUCAUGGCAUACUUCCUGGCCCUCUGACCCUCCACGGCGGCACCUUCUGACGCCCGGUGGUGAGUGACAGCUCGUCAGCAUCAUCAGAAGCAGUGGAGCUUGCUGGACACCAUGUUGCCCCACCGUUACAAGCCCGUGGCGCAGGAUGACUUGGACGCCGACAAAAUGGAGUUGGUUGGGUCGACGCGGCCGCGGGUAUGGCGCAACAUGCUGCUGGCCACCGUGGGAGUGAUGCUGGUGGUAGCCAUCGCUAUCGCUGCCGUCAUUGUCACCCGCAGCCCGAGCUCAGGUUCCCCCAAAACGGCGCCCCUCAAGGCUCAGCCAGGUGGCAUAGACCUUAUCGAGGUGCUCAACGGGACCUUCUCCACAUUCUCCUUCAAUGGCACGUGGAUCUCAGACCGAGAAUUUCUGUUCCGGUCAGCUGAGAAUGGCCUCAACAUCUUCCACGUGGACACACAGACCACGGAGGAGAUUCUCAGCAAGGAGCUCAUGAAUGAGUGGAGGCCUUUCAAGUACAGCCUAUCACCGAGCCGCAAGUACCUCCUGGUGGCCCACGAUGUACAGAAGUUGUUCCGAUACUCCUACUUGGCUCGCCACACAGUACUCAACCUUGAAACUGGAGAGUCUAUACCACUGGCACCAACCAGGGUGAGGAACAAGAAUGAUCAGCCACCACUGCUGUUUGCCACCUGGGCACCAACCAAUGAUGCCCUGGCCUUCGUGUCCCACAAUGACCUGUACUACACCACCGGCCCUGACCUGGAGACCAUGUACAGGAUCACGGACACUGGACAGAUUGGCAGCAUCUUCAAUGGCAUCCCUGACUGGGUGUAUGAAGAGGAAAUUCUGAGCUCCAACUCUGCCCUGUGGUUCUCACCUGACAGUGUUCGCCUCACCUUUGCAACAUUCAAUGACUCGCGUGUUGACACUAUGAACUUCCCUCUGUAUGGCCGCCCAGGAGACUUGUCCUUCCAGUACCCCAUCCAGCAGUCCAUCAAGUACCCCAAGCCUGGACGUGCCAACCCUGUGGUGGACCUGUGGGUAGUAGACCUGUCCAAACUGAUCAGCGGCGGUGCAGACACUGUGAUCCGCCUGCCCCCACCCACCUCCCUGGCUGCCAUCGACCACUACUUCACUGCUGUGGGCUGGGCCACCGCUGACAAAAUAUCUGUUAUUUGGAUGAACAGGCAUCAGAAUGUGAACACCAUCAGCAUCUGUGCAGCAGACACUGGCACCUGCAAGGAUGACCUGGUGCAUGAGUCACCAGACCACGCCUGGAAUGACCUGUACACAACACCCAAGUUCAACUCGGUGGAUGGAGAUUCCUACCUGGUCAUCAUCCCUACACCACAACAGGAUAAAGGGAAUUUUAGACACAUUGCUCUGCGUCGCUCCUCAGACAAGACCUUGACUCCCCUGACAACUGGAACCUAUGAAGUGGUGGAGAUCCUCUCAUGGGACGAGACAAACCAUGUAGUGUAUUUCAUGGCUGCUCCUUCCGGCAAACCUGGCCAGAGACACUUUUAUUAUGUUGGGGACCUCAAGUCCAAGCAGCCCAAACAGGCUUACUGCAUCACCUGCGGCUUCAAGAAUGACUUCAAUGAGGAGUGUAACUACAAUGCUGUUGACAUCAGCAAGGACAACACUUACUACGUCCUGACCUGUAACGGGCCAGGCAUCCCUCAGGUGACCAUCCAUCGUGCUGCAGACCACGCCCGUCUCUUGCUGCUGGAGGACAACCAGGAGGUUCGAGAGCGCCUGCUUGACCGUUCCCUGCCCCUGGAGAAGCGCCUAGAGAUUGAUAUUGAAGGUGGUUUCAAGGCCCAAGUAUCCAUGAAGGUUCCCCCAGACUAUAACCCAACACGUUUCCAGUCUUACCCCAUGCUGGUCUAUGUGUAUGGAGGACCAGGAUCUCAGCUGGUGAGUGAUCGCUUCAGAAUCGACUGGGGAGACUACCUGGCUUCUGAGAGAGGCAUCAUUUAUGCUUCUAUUGAUGGCCGUGGCUCAGGUUAUGCUGGAGACAAGCUGCUUCACUCUCUAUACUAUGGCUUAGGUACUGGGGAGGUAGAGGACCAGCUUGCCGUGACUGCUGCUCUGCAGAAAUCUUUCCCAUUCAUUGAUUCUUCCCGGACUGCCAUCUGGGGCUGGUCCUACGGAGGCUAUGUCACGGCUGCUGCUCUCUCUCGGGACGUCAACAAUGUCUUCAAAUGUGGCAUAUCUGUGGCACCAGUAACUUCAUGGAUUUAUUAUGAUACUGUCUACACUGAGAGGUACAUGGGCCUGCCAACCCUGGAUGACAACUUUGAGGCCUACAACUCCUCUGAUAUUACAAGAAAUGUGUCCAACUUCAGAAACAAGCAGUUCUUCUUGAUACACGGCACCGCUGAUGACAAUGUCCACUACCAGCAGUCCAUGAUGCUGUCCAGAGCACUGGAGCUGGAAGACAUUCUGUUCAGGUCUCAGAGUUACCCUGAUGAGAACCACGGCCUGGCUGGUGUCAAGAAGCACCACUAUCAUUCCAUGGAGAACUUCCUCAACAACUGCUUCAACAAGGUCUGAUCCUGCGGCGGCUCACUCGAGGGAACUACUUGUACGCCAUUCCUGUCACUGUAAUUCAUGCUGCCCAAGACUCAGUUACUCCAUUAUUCCAUAUCAUUACCUACUACAUUCAUCCCUUCUCAAGAGCUACAGUUUUUCUACAUGAUGCACUAAUGAUACCUUAUGAUGAAAUAUUAAAAACAAAUAAAUAGUUGGAAUUUAAAUAUUUUGGUUAUUUUACAUAUUAAAGAGAAUAUUUAUAACAUGAAUUGGUAAAUAUGAAUUGCACCUUUCAACACACCUACCUAUACACAAAGAUAUCAUCUGUAAACCUCCAGGCAACUUGUGACACAUCUUGUCAAGAAAGUAUGUAUAACAAAUUUCACCUAGUAACUACAUACAUUGUUUUCACAUACUUAUGUCAAUUCUGCUGGUCAUUAUUACAUUCCAUUUCAUUAAUAUAUGCAGCAUUCCAAGUGUGAGAGGUCAGGUCAUGCUGGUGGUAUGCACUGACCUAACUUCCAAGUGUCAUUUCACGGCUUUAAGUGUCAUUGUACUUCCCUUCUAAUUCCUCUGAACCCUUCAGGUCACUCUUGUCAGUGGUGCAAAGCACCUUCUUUCCUCAUUAUGGAAAAGCUUUCCAUGUAAAGUGAUGAUGUGGAUACAAGUACUCCUUUGAAUACAAAAAAAUAAAGUUAUAGAUUUUUUA